GCCUCUUCUGGACAUUUCACAUCCAUGGACUCACACGCUGUGUGUCCUUCUGUGUCUGCUUCUCUCACUGAGCACCGUGUUUUCAGGGUCCGUCCACGUGGGAGCGGGUGUCAGGGCAUCUCUCCUGUUCGUGGCUGAGUGAUGCUCCCGAGGGUGGAGGGACCACGUGUGUUUAUCCACUCACCCGUCACUGGGCAUCUGGGUUUUGGCGGUGAAGAAUCAGGCUGCUGUGGAAUGGCUUUUUUCCUGGGCAUUUGACAGCCCACUGAACUGAAGAUCAGGAAGGUCGGGUGUCAGCCCUCCGGCUCUACCUCUCUCUCCUGCCACGCGUCUUCCCCCCUUGAGUUAAAUGCUUCACCUUCUUGUGCUCAGAGCAUCCCUGCUGGCUGAUCAGCCUUCACUCUCUCUGGCUCCAGUAGGUCGACUGGAAUCCUCUCUACAGCUAAGAUCAGUUUGUCAUUUCCGUGCCACCUUCGCCAUCUUGCCACUCUCUUGACAAAAUAAAAAUUGCUCCCUCGGCCCUGGUGGCACCGGGACUUGCCGCCCCCAACCUUGGCGUGUCCUUCACUUUCACUCCAGUAAGGGCCCCUCCCGCUCCUCCCUGCUGCCCGCCCAGCACAGACCCCCAGCUUUCCUGGAUGGUGCAGUUGCUGUCUCCUUUGUCUGAAACCUUCCUUCCUUCCUUCCUCUCCCCAACAAAGGCUGGUUGUGUGCCUAUUUUAAGCCUCAGACCGGGUGCCAGGCGCCGGGAACGCCAUGUGAAUGAGACGCUUGUAUGCGAGCAAGGGGCAAUGGGGAGAUUGGGGGGCCCCGGGGCCAUCCUGUCCCUGGCUCAGACCUCUGAGUCGGGGUUCUCGGGGGUGGCGGAGAUGGGGGCCCAGGCCUGUGUUCCGAGAGCCCCACAGGUGCCACAACAGUAAGACAUCUUCCAGGAGGUCUCAGAGGGGUGGGGAUAAGUCCUCAGGGGAAGAGGCCAGAGAGCAGGAUUGCCCCGAGGAAUUUGCCAGGGGACAGGUCAAGGGGGUGCGCAGAGGUGGGGUGGGUUGUUCCUUGACAUCUAGGGCAGGUCCCCCGCUCCCCGCAUCACCAUGGACACUAGGGCAGGUCAUUCUCUGUGCAGGCCGCCCCGGGCACCGGGUGGAGAGCAGCCUCCCCGCCCCCCCCCACUCUUGUUGCCAGCUUGCGGCACCGAAGGAGAGAAACUGAUGUGAAGAAAUUGCUGCUUUCUUGGGAAUUUCUGAAAGUUAACCACUUGGAGAUGAUAAAGUACAAAAGAUAACCCCUCUCCAGUGUGUGUCAGUCGACAGUUUGCUUUUCCUGACCGUAACUGUGGAUGUGCGUGUAUGUCCACGUGAGCUCUCCGCCUGGGCGAGGGGCCAGGUGGAUCUGGGGUGCAGAUGAAUUUGAAACCCGCCCGCCAGCUCUGCAUCAUGACAGUUACUGCUUGUCACAUCUUUUGCCCUUUGUUGUCCCAUCUUUUGCCCUUUGUUGUCCCGGCCCUGACCCCUGCUCUGCCUCCUCAAGAACCUCCUUAAUGUGGUGGACAAAAAAGCUCAGGGCAAUCAAAGAAGGAAAGGAUCCAGCCAAGUCCAUGCAGAGCCUGUGCCAGGACUGUCGGGAGUGGACGUUGGGUUCCUGGACGGCAGCGCUGCGGACAGCAGGCCUCGAGCACAGGUUAAAGCGGUGCUGCUUCUUGGAAAAACUGAAAAAGGAGCAUCCAGAAGACCAUUGGCCCACAUACGUACCUGGGCAGCCCGUGGCCCAGUCAGACUGACACAUGCAAUUAACCAUCACGUGGUCUCCCAGGCUGCACAGCCACGCCCAACUGGAUAGGACCCCACAGAGCCUUGUGGGCCAUCGCCACUUUCCCCGGAGAGAGUCAGGAUGGGGACCGCCGUGGGACUUCGCUGAGAAGCUGAUUUGGGAAGGCAGAGUCUUCAAGCCCCGGCGCCCCGGCAGGCAUUUCUGCAGAGACGUCACAGCAGCACCGUUCACAGCACCCAGAAGGGGGACACAGCUGUGGUGCCCAGCAGUGGCUGAGCGGGUACACAUGUGUCCCUCCACACACGGAGCAUCACUCAGCCGUGACCAGGAGAGCAGCCCUGACACUCGCUCCCACGUGGACGGACCCUGAGAGCACGACGCUCAGGGAGAGAAGCAGACACAGAAGGACACACAGUGUGUGAGUCCAUGGAUGUGAAAUGUCCAGAACAGGCCAGUCCACAGACACAGAGAGGGGGUUCCUGGUUGUCAGGGGCUGGGGGGCAGAGGAGGGGAAGUGACUGCUGAUGAGGAUGGGGCUUCUUUUGGGGGUGAUGGAAUGUUCUGGAAUUAGAUUGUGCUGAUGGUUGCACCAUAACAUGAAAGCACUUAAUGCCACUGAAUUGUACACUUAAAAAUAGUUAAAAUGGCAAGUGUUAUGUCACAUAUAUAUUUUU